GCACCCCACCCAAAGGUACCCAUAAUGCUGGCUGGGUUUCCUCUUUGUAUCGCCAGGGAUAACCUUUGGGUGAGGUACGCCAGGCAGCGUCGGUCUUGGCCGCGUUCUAUCGAGCUGCGAGCGAUUUGUUUAAUGAACCGCUUCGCUUCCUCUUAUUUUACCACGUACCUACCUACUCUUACGUUGGAUGCAAACAUCGUGAAUGAAAGCCUGCACAUCUAGAUUCUUGCAAACUUAUUACGUAAUUACACAUUUUAUUUACUUAUAAUUUAUUACAGAUUAUAAAAAAUGACUUGUCACGAAGAAAUUUAGAAUAUUAUCUAGCAGGCCUUGGUUCAGCUACGAGAAAUAUAAAUAAUUUCAUAGUUCCAAGGCUUCCAGUACUUCCAAGAUAUAUUCGAACAGAACCUCCAACCUUGCUGCAUGCCAAGGGAAACCCUGACCAGUUUAAUAAAAAUGCCCCGAGCAAGUUCCCCUUCGUCCAAAAUGAUGAUUUUAUGGAAGAGUACAUCCGAGACGCUCUAGCGAUGAACCACCGCGUUCAUGGACCAAAAAAAAUAUACAACGUCGAAAGGAAAUCGAGACUACGACCUUCGUAAGUACUUUAUAUUAUUGGAUGACCUAAUGGCGAAGUGGUUGGUGACCCUGACUGCUAUGCCGAAGAUCCCCAGCCGGCCAGAUAUUUGUUUAAAGACAUAUAUUUCGGGUUUUGGGUGUUAAUAUGUGUCUACAUAUAUAUAUAGGUAUUAUUAUAUGUAUAUGUAUAUGUAUUUGUGUAGAUAUACCACGCGCAUAUUACAGGCUCUGCCUAGUGGAUGGGGUACUUUUUUAAUAUGAAAUAUAAUAAUAAUAUGAUGGCCAUGGUAUUUUUUUAUUUUCAUUUGCAGCCCUAAUAACAAUUUGCUUCGCCAAAUAUACGUAAGUUAUGGUUUUAAUUGAGGAUUGCAGCAACCAUAGAAAUAACAAGUGUUUUUCUGAGAAUGCCGUAGAAUUAUUUCCGACUCACAAAAGCACUACAAAUAAAUUCUUCUUAGGUAAUACUAACAAAAUAUGAAUACUAAGAACCAUUAGUGGGCCGGUAAAUAGUAAUCCCAGUUUCUUGCUUUCUAGGAAACUUUCAGAAACACAGUUCGAGAUAUGAACAUGGCACUGUGGGCGCUGCCGCAGCCGUAAGGAUUGAAACCAUAAAUUAAAUUAUAACACCCAUGAAUAAAAAACAAUAUCAACAUGACAAACAUACCUACUCAACCCUCAUGGUACCUCACUCUAAUCACUGCUGGCACCUAUUUUAUCUAAAGUGUAAAGUAGUUUAAUUGCAAAAGGGAAAAAUACGUGUCUGUUAUAAUUCUCAAAAAUAAAUUGCAUACCAUGGGAACUAUCCUAAUGUAGGUCUGUACGAUGCUCCUGUUCCCAUUUUAACCGCCGCCAUUAUAUUAUUGUUUCUUCAUUCACGGGCGUUGUGAAAACAUUACACAUGACUAAAGGGGUGUAGGCAAAUAUGGGUGGGAUAACAUUACUGUAUGUUUUGGUUAGCCCCAUAAACUGGGGAGCUGCUGAACAUUUACAAGUAGGUAUUUGACUUUUCCUUACGCCGAGGGUUGCAAAGGAACGUUCAGUUAAUUCUAUGCUUGUCUGUUUUUUUUUGUCUAAUUUAAAAAAAAACACACACAAUUACCCCCUGAGUCACCCUCUUUUGGCUUUGUAUAAUCAGUUUGUAUAAUAAAAUCUUCAUCAAAUUGUUUUCUAUCAAAGGGUCCAACAAGUUUCCAAAUCAAUGUAUCUGCUCUUGAAUUUACCACCCACGCCCUUGAGGACACUAACUUUCAUUAAUUAUAUUUUCAAAAAUUCCAAUUUAAGAUCGAAAUAUCUCAGAGACGGCGAUGGCUAUAUUGAUGUCGAGCAAGAAAAUCGAGCCUCCGAAGUAAUGGAUAAGACAUUAUAUAGUGAUGAAAACGACUUCAGAAGGAGGAAGAGUGAUGACAGUGAUGACGAGGACUCCGAGUCAUCCGGUUCAGGAGAAGCCAACCCGGGCAAUCCCUACACCGUCACCAAGAAUAGAUAUAAACAGAAUUCCCCAUGGAACUUUGAGAUGACCGGCAACCAUGUAAACCUGCACCCCAACGCGCCAAGCUUCUCCAAGUACAAGGACGACGGCAUCGGCAACAGCGUGCAUGCCAGGAAGUGGUGGUACUUCAACCAGGACGACUAUCUUCCGAUGUAGAGAACAUCUCAUCGAGGUCACCAUCAAGAGUAUCAAGACCAUCUUACUUAUGUACUCAGGCAGUUGAUAAAUAAAUAAAUAUGCAUUUCGUAUUGUA